GCGUACGCCUCCCUCGCCUCUCCCACCUUUCCCCUCCCCUCCUCCCCCCAAACCCAAACCAAUCAAAUCAAUCCGCUUCCGCCCCCCGACCCAUGCCCUCGUCCAUCGCCACCCACGCCUCCCUCCUCCUCAAAGCCGCCGCCGCCGCCGCCGCCGCAUCGCCCGCGCACCACCUCCACCCGAAGCGCUUCUUCUCCCCCCGCGCGGCCCGGAUCCCUUCGCCCCCAGCGCCGGUCGCCAGCCGCCGCUCGCCGCCGGCCGCCUCCUGCCGCUUGUUCCGGUGGCCGCCGGCCGCGAGGGGGCUCUGCUCCUCGCCGCAUUCUGGCUCUGCGGCGGGUGGUGCUGAGGGGAUGGGAUCUGAUGGGGCCGAGAGGAGGAGGCGGGUGGCGGCCGUGAACGGGGUGUCCAAGGAAGGCGCGCCGCAGCCUGUGCCGGUGCCGCCCAGGCUGCUCACGCUUCCCACCGUGCUCACCAUUGGCCGCGUCGCUGCCGUGCCCUUCCUGAUUAGCACUUUCUACAUGGACGGGCCUUGGGCAGCAACUGCCACAACUGGCAUCUUCCUUGCUGCUGCAAUCACUGAUUGGCUAGAUGGCUAUAUUGCUAGAAAGAUGCAGCUAGGAACACCUUUUGGUGCAUUUCUUGAUCCUGUGGCGGACAAGCUUAUGGUAGCUGCGACACUAGUGUUGCUGUGUACCAAACCUUUGGAAACUUCACUGCUCAGCGAUGGGCCAUGGCUUAUGACAGUUCCUUCCAUUGCCAUAAUUGGGAGAGAGAUCACAAUGUCAGCUGUGAGAGAGUGGGCUGCGUCUCAGAACAGCCAAGUUCUUGAGGCUGUGGCAGUUAACAAUUUAGGGAAGUGGAAGACAGCGACGCAAAUGACAGCAUUGACUCUACUCCUUGCCAGCAGAGACCCAAGUCUACCUGUACAAGGUGCUCUAGUUACUCCUGGUGUCGCAUUGCUUUAUGUAUCCGCUGGACUUGCCAUAUGGUCCCUAGUGGUGUACAUCAGAAAGAUAUGGCGGAUACUUCUAAAAUAGUGUUAGCACAUAGUGUAAUAGGAGAAACAGGAUUCCAUUCAAGGUCAUGCAAUUUUUUUGGAAGAUUGUUGAGUUGAUCAAUGGGGCCUAGAUCUUGUUGAGAUCCUCGGUGACUUAUGUCAUUUGUGCUUGGCGGAGUAGCCGCCAAAUUUGUGGAGCAUGCGAGGAUCUCUUUAGAAACAAAAUAUAUAGAACGUAGCAUGUUCGCAAGGUGAUUACUUUUCCGAAAUCUAUUUUCGGGUCACCACAGAUUCAGUGUUGGACACCGUGUGUAAUGAUGAGCUGCAAGACUGGAGAUGACGCAGACGAUUGUAACAGUAUACAAACAAAGUUCAGGCCGUUUGUGCGUGUGGAGUUUCUGCCAUUGUAUUUUUACCCAUAUCAUAUGCCAGGGAGCACAAAAUUAUUCUUUCCA